GUCUUCGUGGCACGGUGCCGUGGGCCGCCUGAUGAGCUGCGUCACCCCCGUGGACGACGGUGCAGGAGGCCUUGAGCCCGUCUACGAAGCCAUCAUGCCACCAUGCCUUCCUUCUUUUUGGGCACCCGGCUAGAGAACCGGUUUCCUGCGUCUUCGAGCUGUCGAGCGAGAAUGCUAGAGAGAACAUCCCUGUAUCCUUUCUCCCGAAAAUGCAAGCCAAAGUCUAGUUGGUAUCAGUAUGUAUUGCGUGUUGUUGUGUUGGUCGUUCUACCCUUAACGUCGUGCAAAUCGUUUCCAUCCGUGCUCCUGACCAGGCAGGAGCUCAAUAGUCAGAACAAAGGAGAUGAGAAGCGAAUGAAAGACCAGCGACUUUGUCCGAAAGACAACUAGAUACACAGGAGUGUAGUAAAAAGAGAUCCCAGAAAUAAAUAACCCCUCAUUAGAUCCGUCAAUUCGUUGCUUGUGUGACGAAAACACCAAGUCAAGAAACAAAGGGGAAAGCAAAUGCCGUACACCGUAGACUAAGCCCAAGUCCUAUGUUCCAGAGGACUUUCCCGGCU